UCUUUGCAUGGAUGGUGACUUGGGUAUGUUUAAAAAUGACUUCCUUUUUUCAAUUGAGCAUGUUUGUUGGAUAUCUAACAGUUUGAUGGGCCUUGCAGAUGUGAGAAUUUCGUAUGCCAAAGUCCUUUCGGCAUUUUUAAACAAUGAAGGAAUGCCCAAGGAACAGGAAGAUACUGACUCCACACAGCUCACGUAUUUCAAUCAGCCAGCAAUACAUUUCUUAAACACGCUUCAUCUAUCGUUGUAUCAGUACGCACUUUCGGAUAUUGCGCAACCCGCUGAUCACGUGGCAUUGUUGACAUUAUUGCGUGCACUAUUGGUACGAUUUCGGGCAGAUCAGAUAAUCCGCGGGAUUCCCGUGGUAUUCAAAUUGCAGUCCGAAGCCAAAGAAGAGAAACUUAAAGAUUAUGCUCACCAACGGACAUUGGCAAGCGUCAUCGCGCUUUAUUUUUCCGAUAUUGCAACAGUUUUAGAUAUUCCGGAAUUAAGAGAGUAUAUAGAAAAGGCUAGUGCUCAGUUAUUGUGCGAUUCAAGAAUUCAAUCAGAGCGCAUAGCAAAACGUCAAUGGUCAUCCUACAUUAAGGUGGCUUCGUCCGAAAACAAUCUAGAUGAUAUAGGCUCAUUUAAACCUUCUGAAGGUGAAAUACCUAACGGGGAUGAUCAUCCUCUACAACCAAUUGACAUUUGGCUUGAUCGUCAAAUCAUUGUUUCCAUGUUGUCUCAACAUAAAGAAUUUUCGGGCAUUGACGGAAAGAAACUGGAAGUUGACCUUAUGGCUGAAUGGAAACCUGAAGAAGGUUUUGAAAAGGUUAAGAAAGAAAGAUAUCGAAUUAAAUCAAGUCGAAUAGUGGAAAAACCAUAUAUAGCAAUCACACCUUUUAUCAUGAAUUUGGAAGAUAGUUCCGGUGAUUUGCCAAAGAUUAAAGUAGAAAAUCUGAAAGAUGCGCUUGUACAAGCAACAACAAACGACUCCUCUGAACACGACACGUCCGUAGCAUCAGACAUGGAAUCAAUAAACAUGGUUCCAUUAAAUAACGGAAAGAAACGCAAGAAGAAACCGAAGACCGACAUAAAUGCAUUUUUGCAAUCAAUAGACAACACCAAAGCUUCUAGUACAACAAGUCUGGUAAAUGCGCCAUACAGAUCUUGA